AUGUCGGCUCCACCAAUGAAUCCACCGCCGCCCCUUCCUCCCAGACCGUAUGAUGUACAGAAAUUGCACGGAAAGUUCUCGAAAUGUUAAAUGUGUUUUUCAGAAUUCACAGACGAUGAAUCCGAUGAUGAAUUCGGGAUUCGGGUACGGCGGAUACGGAAUGAACACGUUUCCAGGCUCCGGAAUGUAAGCCUUCAAGCGGAGUGGAUGCAAUCAAAAUGUCUGUCUUUUCAGGUACGGAACAGGCGGAAUGUACGGAGGAAUGGGCGGAUACGGAGGAGGCUUCGGAGGAUUCAAUCACAUGGGAUACGGCCAGUCCCCCGAGAGCAACUUCGCCCGAUUGGCCGAGGAGCAGUCUCGCGGAGCAUUCCAAUCGAUCGAAUCCGUCGUCAACGCAGUCUCUUCCGUCGCCAACAUGCUCAAUUCCACACAUAAUGCAGUUUACAGCUCUUUUCGGGCAGUAAUUGGGGUUGUGGAACAGUUCGGAAGACUCAAGACUCAGGUAAUAUUCAACUGAGAAUGUUAGAGAAGAGUAAGGAAACCCUUUUAGUUAUCAUCAGUGCUUGUUUCACUUGCUCUCUUCCGAUGGGUUUACCGAUUCUGGAGAUGGCUUCUGGUGAUGCUCCGAUUGAAACCCGCAAACUACGCGAGUACAGCCGAACUGGCAUGGGGAGACGCUGCUCAGCCUUACGGUAACUCUUCAUUUCCCUGAAAUUCUUUUUCAUUCCAUCUAUUUUCAGCCACAGACAUUCUUGGCGCGACAAGAAACCCCACAAGUGUAAACUGGCCAGCCGCUCUCUUCUGGGUCGUCGCUAUUGGUGGACCGUGGCUCAUUUACAAGUGUGUCAGUCAAAUGGUGCAGGCCGCCGAAGAGAAGAGAAAAUGGGCGACCGGCUCCGCAGAUCAUUACACGGCACAGGCUCUGUUCGACUUCCAAGCAUCGAAUGAGCAAGAGCUGAGCUUCAUGAACGGAGAGACGUUGAGAGUUGCUCCGAAGGCAGAGCAGCCGAGAGUGAGAGGAUGGCUGCUGGCGAGGUACGAUUCGAAAGAAUGAAAUAAUGAAGAAUGGGAGUUGGUUUCAGUUCGGCAGAUGGAAGUCGGAUAGGAUUGGUGCCGAUCAACUACGUCCGAAUCGUCGGAAAACAGUCACAAUCGCCUCCGCUGACACAACAGAGCAAUCUCGACUCUUUUGUGAAUUCAUAUCCUUCCAGGGACCUGAAUUCGAACUUCCACUAA